CACACACACACACCCCUCCAGGGGAAGCGCGCGUAGCCAAAGCAGGCGGAGUCGGAAGCACGCAGCAGCGUCGGUCCGUCGUGUCUGCGGCUCCGCGGAUUCUUUCGUCUGUGUCUCGGCUGUUGGAUUCUCCGGGAGCGGCUUCUCCUUGCAGUCCGCAGACAAGCCUCCUCUCUUUGGUGUAACGGACGGACAGACACUGCGGGCAGCGCAGCGGAUAUAGAUCCGGGUUCUUAUAUUGCUCUAACUGCUGCGGUGGAAAACCCCGGACGGAGGCCCGCAGUGUGCGCUCAGCCUCCCGCAGGCCUCCAGCCCGGAAUCCCGCUUUUCUCCCGGAAAAUGGACGGAUUCACCGGCAGCCUAGAUGACAGUAUGUCUGGAGCAAGUGUUUCAGAUGUCAACGACCGUCUCUCUGCUCUGGAGCUUCGAGUUCAGCAGCAGGAAGACGAGCUGACGGUGAUGAAAGCUGCUCUCGCUGACGUCCUUCGCCGCCUCGCUGCCUCCGAAGUGUCUGCUUCCUCCUCAGCCAAGAAGCAACAGGGAGGGAAAGGUGGUGCUGCGUUGCGUGAAGCUUACUCAAUGUCCUGUAUCGCUAAUGGAGGGAACGCUGGACGAAAGAGAGACUCCACUUCUGUCACAAGGAAGGAGACCUUGUCAUCUGCCGCCAAGAGUGGAACAGACAAGAAGAAGGAAAGCAGCAGCCAGCGGUCUCAGAUGGAGGAGAUCCAGGAACGUGAGGAGACUCCUCGCCUAAAGAACUCAUCUCCCUCUCCCCCUUCCCCCCAGCCUUCCCAAACCCCUCAGUCCCCUCAGACCCCAGUGAACCCCCUGCCACAGAGAACGACCCAGUGCGCUGACACCAGUAAAGGCCACACCCCUCCCAAAAGGGGAACAAGUGUGAAGAGAUCCUCUGGUAUGGAGCGCUCCCAAAGCAGCACCUGGGACAGUUCAGAGGAAAACAGGAACAAACUUGUGAAAGCUGCAUCCACCUCCAAACUACUUUCUAAAAUGGUCAAGAACGCUGACAGACACAAAGACCCCGUGGUUAAUCAAGCUAAAAUGUCAACACGAGAGAAAAACAGCCAAGCUGAGGGAAACACCAUAAAGAUGUUCAUGCGUGGUCGACCGAUCACCAUGUUCAUCCCCGCUGAUGUGGAGAACUACGACGAUGUCCGGACAGAACUUCCCCCAGAGAGACUCAAGCUGGAGUGGGUUUAUGGUUACCGUGGCAGAGAAUGCAGAGCUAACGUCUACCUCCUUCCAACCGGAGAGAUUGUUUACUUCAUUGCCUCCGUUGUGGCUCUGUUUAACUACGAAGAACGAACUCAGAGACAUUACCUCGGACACACAGACUGUGUCAAGUGUCUAGCCAUCCAUCCUGAUAAGAUCCGGAUUGCUACAGGACAGAUUGCAGGAGUGGACAAAGAUGGACGGCCGCUGCAACCUCAUGUUCGUGUUUGGGAUAGCGUCAGUCUAUCGACUCUGCAGGUUAUUGGUUUGGGAACGUUCGAGCGUGGUGUCGGCUCUCUAGCCUUCUCCAAAGCUGACUCUGGUCAGCACCUGAGUGUUAUUGACGACUGUAAUGAUCACAUGUUGACAGUCUGGGAUUGGCAGAAAAAGUCAAAGAUUGCUGAGAUCAAGAGCACUAACGAAGUGGUUCUGGCAGUGGAGUUCCACCCCACCGACGCCAACACCAUUGUCACCUGUGGAAAGUCCCACAUCUUCUUUUGGACAUGGAGCGGGAAUUCACUGGCUCGUAAACAGGGGAUCUUUGGGAAAUACGAGAAGCCCAAGUUUAUUCAGUGUCUUGCCUUCUUGAGUACUGGAGAUAUCCUGACCGGAGACUCUGGUGGAAUCCUGCUGAUCUGGACCAGGAACUCGACUGAGCCACCCACUGGGAAAGGACCAAGAGCGUUCCAGAUCAGUCGGCAGGUCAAGGCUCAUGAGGGCAGUGUAUUCUGUUUGUGUGAGAUGAGGAGCGGCACUCUACUGACAGGUGGAGGAAAAGACCGGAAAAUCAUCCUGUGGGACCAUGAGCUGCGUGCGGACCGGGACAUCGAGGUCCCAGAUCAGUACGGAACCAUCAGAGCAGUGUCCGAGGGAAAGGGGGAGGAGUUUCUGGUCGGGACCUCUCGUAAUUUCAUCCUGAGAGGAACCUUUAACGAUGGCUUCCUGGUGGAGGUCCAGGGUCAUACUGAUGAGCUUUGGGGUUUGGCAUCCCAUCCCUCCAGAGAGAUGUUUCUCACGUGUGCCCAGGACCGAAUGGUGUGCGUCUGGAAUUCUGCGAAUCACAGUCUUCUAUGGAGCCGAACGCUGGAGGAACAUGGACAUUGUGCAGACUUUCAUCCCAGUGGAGCUGUGGUCGCCAUAGGAACACACUCGGGAAAGUGGUACGUUCUGGAUGCUGAGACCACUGAUCUGGUCGCGAUCCACACGGAUGGGAACGAGCAGCUGUCAGUGAUGCGCUUCUCUGUUGAUGGCUCUCUGUUGGCUGUGGGAUCUCAUGAUAACUUUAUUUACCUGUACACCGUCUCAGACAGAGGACGGAAGUACAGUCGAUACGGGAAGUGCACAGGACAUUCCAGCUACAUCACACACCUGGACUGGUCACCUGACAACAACUUCAUCAUGUCCAACUCAGGGGACUAUGAGAUCCUCUACUGGGACGUUCCAAACGGUUGUAAACUGAUCAGAAAUCGUUCAGAGUGUAAAGACAUCGACUGGGCAACUUAUACCUGCGUACUGGGAUACCAUGUGUUUGGUGUGUGGCCAGAGGGAUCAGAUGGCACCGACAUCAACGCUCUGAUCAGAUCUCACAACAGGAAGGUCAUCGCUCUGGCUGAUGACUUCUGUAAAGUUCACCUGUUCGCCUACCCAUGCUCAAGAUUCAAGGCUCCGAGUCAUAAAUACAGCGCCCACAGCAGUCAUGUGACAAAUGUCAGCUUCCUGUUUAACGACAGUCACCUGAUCUCCACGGGUGGGAAGGACACGAGCAUCAUGCAGUGGCGUUUGGUGGAGAAAACUUCGCUCUCUCUCACUGACGGUCAUCUCUCUAACUCUGCUGCCCACCGGGCAGAUCCUGUCUUCACUCCACCCCUGCCUGCCCCAGCUACACUCACCCAGGAACCUGUCAUUCCCCCAACAGCCAACGGCACCCAAGAACCCUCCUGUGGCACCACACCCACCACAGAGCUACCCCCACCCAUAUCAGAGCUAACCCCUCCCUGCUCUGAGUCAACUCCUCCCCCCUCAGACAGCACAGUUAGUCUGAAGGACAGCCUCGAGCCGAGCGAUGACACGGCCACACCCAGUGAUGAGGGGCUGCCCCCCCUCACUCCCCCCUCUUAGAAAGAGGGAAAAUGUGUGUUGUGUGUUGGUACAGCUAUCUUUGUGAGGACCAGGUCUUUUAUACCUUUUGAAGACAAUUUGUAU